CUCUGUUAUUUUCAAGAUGUCAGACAAUACUGUUACUUAAAAAGCAAAGAAGGAGAAGAGGUGAAUGAGAACAGGAACAAGAAGAAGAGUGGAAGAUAUCGAAUUUGUAGUUUGCAACUCUCAAUCGGAUAGAGAAUUUGAAAUGAGCCGGCAAGCUGAUUCAUACGAGGACACAUUGAACACAGAUGGAAUGACGGAUGACAGAGUGGAUGAAGAGGAGGAAGAAGAAGGAGUAGAAGAGGAAGAAAACGACAAUGAAGUAGAAGAAGCCGACGAUGAAGGAGAAGAAGAUGAGGAAGAAGAGGAGAAAGAAGGACAAUCUUAUUUCAUUGACGGACAGAAGUUCAUUAUCAAAGAAGUCGAUCAGGAGUCCAUCAAGGAAGAACUUGUACAAAAGAUUCUCACUUCCGGCAGAGGAUCAAAUAAAGCUUCUGGAAAUGGUAAAGGCUGCCGAUUGACAUCGAAGAGGGAACACAGUCCUGCUGAAACUGAAAAUGGCGCUUUCGGAGAGCACUUUCUCAUCGGUGAUGAAUCACAGGACAUGGAUGAUGUGUGUCUAAAAACUGUGGAAGCUGUGAUGGACCAAGACGGUGAAGAGGAUGAGGAUGAGGAGGUGGUAGAAGAGGAGGAGGAGGAGGAGGAGGAAGAAGUAGACGAGGAUGAAGACGAUGACUGGAGGAAGAAGAAGAAGAAAAAGAAGAAGGGAGCAAAGAGGAAAUCAGCAACUAGUACGAAUGGCAGGAAGAAGGUGGAGGGAAAUAGACGUCGCGGACAUGGAUGGUCGAGGAAGAAGAUUGAGGAUGGCGAUGGGGAGGGAGUGAACGAUAAAAAGAAAAAAUUGUUCAAGUGUAAGUGGUGUAGUUUCCAAUCGAAAUCAUCGAAACUACUCAAUCAACAUACAAGGACACAGCACACGGGUGAAAACAUAUCGUACGAUUGCAACGUGUGCAAUUUCAGCAGCGCGCAGUACUCGAACCUGAUUCGCCACAUGAAAACACAUUCGGGCGAAAAGCAGUUCGCAUGCACAGUCUGCGAUUUCCGCUGCGCCCAACAGGCCAACCUGAAUCGACACAUGAAGCGUCACACGGGCGAAAAGCAGUUCGAGUGCACCGUGUGCGGCUUCAAGUUUGCGCAGCAAUCCAACCUAACCCGACACAUGGCACGUCACACUGGUGAGAAGCAGUUCGAGUGCACCAUCUGCGAGUUCCGUAGCGCUCAGAUGUCCAACCUGAAACGACAUCUAGCCAAGCAUAAGAACCAGAAACCAGUGGUGUGUGGACUGUGCGACUUCCGGUGUGUCGCGUCCAGGUUUAGGGCGCAUCUGAAGACGCACUGUGUCGACGGUGUGUUCCAGUGCAACAUGUGUGACUACACUUGUCGCAAGUUGUCACACAUUGUCACCCAUCUGAGGACACAUAGUGGCGAGAGCAAGCCGUUUCAGUUCCAGUGCAAGCUUUGUGUGUAUACCUGUACCCAGCUGAAGUCUCUCAGGAUUCAUUGCAGUAGAAUGCAUAGUGAGUGUGAUGAAGACAGUUGAGCUGGCAUCUGUGUUCAAAAUAUAGUUACAUUCAUUUGAAACUGUCAGCAACGAUUGUACAAGUGGCGCAGGGAAACUGGACAUUUUGAAAUGUCUGUUCAACGAAUUUAUCUAUAAAACCAGUUAAUUCAGCAUGUCAUUCAAGGCUUUACAAUCAAUUUUGUUUCUCAUAUUUGAUGAUGAAACACCUACCUAUUCGUAUAUUUUACUCACUGAAAGGACAAUACACAACUAACAAGAUUACUACAAGAGUUAACGAAAUAACAAACCAAGAAAAAAACGAUCAUAAUAUUAUCAUGAAAGUUCUUAUCUAAUCUCAACAUAUUAUGAUCGUUUUAUUUCUAUAAAAUGUCGAUAAGUGCCUCUUUACUUUUUAAGAUGGCAUUGGAAAGUAUGCUUCCAUUCGACGUAUUCAGUCUGUUUUAAAACUCUGGAAUGACAGUGUAGAUCAUUUUGGGGAAAGGCUGUGAUUUAGUUUCCAAUGUUCGCCUUCAGUUUAAGGGUUUUGUGGCGGAGAGAACCUAGAGUCCUAACUUUGCCCUUAAUCAAUUCAAUUGAGUUCCGGGACGUGUACGGUUCACAUUGUCCACAGGGACACGAGACACGUGCAUAGCUUACAUCUAAAUACUAAGCUGUCGAAACAAUCUGUGUGGAGCAGAUAUCUUCAUUUUUAUAAAAUACGAGAUUGAUAUUUUUAGAAUCUAUGUGCAAAAUUUGGAGAUCUAAGUCAUUCCCGUUUUCCGGUAUUCAAUCCACAAGUUGACAUUUUUUGAUGCGAACAAACUAACAAUCACAACCAUACUCUCUCUUAUUAUAUAGAUAAAAAAUUCUCAUCGCUUUAACGAUCCAAAUCAGUCUUAUGUCCCAUGAUCAUCACUAAAUGGCAAUGCAUUCACAUUUAUUUAUUUAUUCAGAAAAUAAAAGUGAAUUUUUUUAUUGAAAGUGAAA